AUGCCGCCAUCAGAUAAAGACCCCAAUGGGCUUGACAACCCAAAUUUCAUUAUUGAUGAUGGAGGGCAUUACUGUAACUUCGCUGAUGCUGGUGUCACAGUUCCAGGCUGUGAAGUAAAGCAGAAUCGUCCUAGCAGCAACCUUGCUUACUCGGUCACAGAUACCCCGCCUUGGUACCUCUGUAUCUUUUUGGGGAUUCAGCACUACUUGACAGCACUGGGAGGCCUUGUUGCCAUUCCUCUCAUCCUCUCCAGAGGGCUUUGCCUGGAGCACGAUAUCCUGACCCAGAGUCACCUGAUCAGCACCAUCUUCUUUGUCUCGGGGAUCUGUACUCUCCUUCAAGUCAUCUUUGGAGUCAGGCUUCCUAUUCUACAAGGAGGGACUUUUGCUUUCUUAACCCCUUCGCUGGCUAUGCUCUCUCUCCCUGACUGGAAAUGCCCUGCAUGGACCAAAAAUGCCACUCAGGUGGAUGCCACUUCCCCAGAAUUCAUUGAGGUCUGGCAGAAACGGAUGCGAGAGUUGCAGGGAGCAAUCAUGGUCGCUUCCUGCUUCCAAAUCUUUGUCGGCUUUUCUGGCCUCAUUGGAUUCCUGAUGCGGUUCAUUGGCCCUCUGACAAUCGCCCCGACCAUCUCCUUGGUGGCCCUGCCUCUCUUUGAAUCAGCAGGGGAUGAGGCAGGGGCACAUUGGGGCAUAGCAGCCAUAACCAUUUUCUGCAUAGUACUGUUCUCUCAGUACUUGAAAAACGUGCCUGUUCCAGUGCCAAUUUACAAGAGAAGCAGGAAAUGCCACUUCUCCAAGGCAUACCUCUUCCAGAUCUUCCCUGUGCUUCUUGGCCUCUCUAUUACUUGGCUGGUGUGUUUUGCUCUCACAGUCUCCAACGUUUUCCCUUCGGACCCUAAAGUUUAUGGCUAUGCAGCUCGGACAGACAGCAAGGGAGACGUUCUGUCCAAGGCACCCUGGUUUCGAUUUCCUUACCCAGGUCAAUGGGGAGUUCCCACUAUUAGUGUGGCUGGGGUAUUUGGCAUCAUUGCUGGAGUGAUCUCUUCCAUGGUAGAGUCAGUAGGAGAUUACUAUGCCUGUGCACGUUUGUCCGGUGCACCGCCCCCUCCGAAGCAUGCUAUCAACCGUGGAAUUGGAGUUGAAGGGAUUGGCUGUCUUCUGGCAGGGGCUUGGGGAACAGGGAAUGGCACAACUUCUUACAGUGAAAAUGUCGGUGCUUUGGGGAUCACUCGGGUUGGGAGUAGAAUUGUGAUUGUGGCUGGUGGCUGUGUCCUGCUUUUGACUGGCAUGUUUGGCAAAGUCGGAGCUGUGUUUGCCAGCAUUCCAACUCCUAUCAUUGGAGGGAUGUUCAUUGUGAUGUUUGGAGUCAUCACUGCUGUGGGGGUUUCCAAUCUUCAGUAUGCAGACAUGAACUCUUCAAGAAACCUGUUCAUCUUUGGAUUUUCUAUAUAUGCGGGUCUGACGAUUCCCUACUGGAUAAAGAAUAACACAGACGCACUGAAAACAGGAAUUCUGCCGCUGGACCAAGUGAUCCAGGUUCUACUUACUACAGGAAUGUUUGUUGGGGGGUUCCUCGGCUUUUUCCUUGAUAACACUAUUCCAGGGAGCCAGGAAGAGCGGGGACUCUUGGCUUGGAAAGAGAGUUAUAAGGAGGAGUCCAGCAAUACCCUGUGUACCUCAGAUGUCUAUGAUCUUCCCUUUGGAAUAGGUUCCAAGUUCUGUGCUGCUAACUGUUUUCGGUACCUCCCGACAUGCCCCAAAUCACCCCCAGGACAAAGUGCAAAUGCACACAACAGUCUUGUACAAGAGAACUGCAACAAAAUUAAUUCAGAAAAGGACACAGAAAUGAAUGUCGACACAAGGAUAUAAGAUCAUUC